GACUUCAUUCUCUGUAAAUCCCUGCAGGCCAGCCUCUUGCCUAGGAAGAGAAGAGAAAGACCUUACCCCACUGGGAUCCUUCUCCCUGCCCAGCUCAGUCUGCAGAGCACCAAGGCCUGGUCCAAGCAGGGAGCCUGGAGCCAGAGGGAAUGGCCCCUGGGAGCCACAGCCCCCCACCCCAGGGGUUGGUGACAUUCAAGGAUGUGGCUGUGGACUUCACCCAUGAGGAGUGGGGCCUCUUGGACCAUCCUCAGAAGGAGUUGUACAAGGGGGUCAUGCUGGAGAAUGCCCAGAACCUGCUCUCCCUGGGGCUUCCAGUUCCCAGAGAAGAUGUGAUCUCCUAUUCGAGCAAAGGGAAGCCCCAUGGAUGCUGGAGCAAGAAGGCCUGAGGAGCUGCUGUCCAGAAGGAUGGAACAGACUGGAAAUGAAGGAAACUACUGCAGCACUAACCCUUUCUGUGGAAGAAACUCAUAAACAAAGAUUGAUGAGC